GGAAAGAGAGGGGGGAGUUGAUGAUUGGCUGUGAUGGAGAAGAAUUGGCCAACCACUCACCAAUCACUGAAAGGGGUGAUAGGUGCCUCGGCAUCGCUGAAACCCUCUGGAGGCGACCAACACCACCCCGCAUUUAUUUCUCCAAGACAUGCAGAGUGUCAGCCUUCAAGGUAAGCUUACAUCUGGAAACUAGAAGAAGGAUGGUUUCCUUUCCUCUUCCCUUCAACAAACUGUUUCGGUCGUGUCUAUUCGUGAGCUGUCGUUGGCAACAAAAUGUCUGUUCAAAAACAAAGAGCAGAGGUCCUCCAGCCAGGCCGCCUCUCCUUCAACAACCGCGUCCAACUCGGCGAGGGCACGACCUUCCUCCCUGGCAAAAAAGACCCCUCGAUCACCCACCUAAUCGACCAUGUCCUCACACACGGCUACGUGAUCCUGCCCUCUCUCUUCCCCGCCCCGCUCGUCUCUCGCGCGCUCUCGAAACUCACGCGCCUCGAAUCCGCCUCCCUCGAGACCUCCGGCCCCGCUUCCCACGGCGGGCGGAAUCCCUUCGAAGGAUAUCAGACACGCAGGGUAUACGCGUUGGCGGAUAAGUCAAGGGUGUUUGACGAGUUCGCGAUCAAUGAGACGGUGCUGAAGUUGAAUGAUUAUUUCCUGCAGGAGAAUUAUCUGUUGACGAGUUUUCAUACCGUUACGAUUGCGAGCGGGGAGAGGGAGCAGAGUAUGCACACGGAUGAUGGGUUGAUUCAGCUGCCGAGACCGAAGCCAUUAAUGGGUGUUGGAACGAUGGUAGCACUCGACCCCUUCACCUCCACCAACGGCGCCACAACCCUCAUCCCGGGCUCGCACCUCUGGCCCGAUUCACGGCUUCCUCAACGCUCAGAAAUGAUAUCAGCCAUCAUGCCCGCGGGCUCAAUGGUCUACUUCCUUAACACGGUCUGGCAUUCCGGCGGGGCGAAUAUAAGCAGUGAGCCGAGGAGGAGUCUGACAGUGCAGUAUUGCCAGCCGUGGAUUAGACCGAUUGAGAAUAUGAUUGUGGCCGUGGGCUGGGAGGAUUUGGAUGUCGUGCCGAAGAGGUUACUGCAGUUGUUAGGGUUCAGUUUGAAUGAUUUUAUGGGGUAUGUUGAUGGACGGGCGCCGAGGACAGGUGUUGAGAUGAGGAAGAGGAGGUUGAUUGAGUGGGGGGUUAGGGAGAAGGAGAAGGAGAGGGAGAGAGAAGAGAAGUUCAAGAAUGGGUCGAAGCUGUGAACUCGUCAGGUAAUUUAAGGUUGCGUUGCGUGGGCUUUGCAAUGAGAAGGGGAGGGAGGGGUUGGAAGCUGAAGAAUGAAUUGGAUUUCUGAGUGGGUAUCGGAUAGGCACUUGGCAUAGUCGGGGCCGAGAAUGAGAAGAGAUAUUCCAGGACUCUUUUUGUGUGUGUAGCCUUACGGUAGUAGGAUACUCGGAUUGGUCGCUCGCAAUCCGAGAUGCGUGCCAAGGUGUCGUGCUGUUGGUGGAGGG